CUCAGUCAUAUGACUCCGCUUCCUGGUUCAGUUGGACUCGUCUUCAGUUCGGACUCUGCGUGUCUGUUGACUGCUUUCAUUUCUGUCCGACGGCUCAGCAUUCAUUAGCGACCAUGUACCGAUGUGCUGCAUUCGUUUUACUCUUUUCUUGUGGAGUUGUGUUCCACCAGUCUCAUGGCGUUGAGGUGAAUGUCACAGGAGAAGACAAAAAACUUUGUCUCUACGCCAACCUAAUGCUCAACUUCUCUGUCUCCUAUAAAGGAGCUGACAACAAGACUCUCACUGCUCUGUUUAAACUUCCUGAAAAUGUCAUGUCAGAUGGUAGCAAAUGUGAUGAGAAAACCUCGACCCUGAAGCUCAACUUUGGAGACGGACACUCUUGGAGCAUGAACUUUAACAAGAGUGGGAAAAGCUACCUGGCAGACCAGAUAACUUUUUCUUACAAACUUAGUGACUCCAAUUACUUCCCUGGAUCUUCAUCAAAUAAAACAAUCACUGUGUCUCAAAAUGCCAACAUUAAUGAUGUCGAGUUGGACAACUGCUACUCUUGUAAAAGUAAAGACGAGAUCUCGGCUAAUCUGGUCAACAUGACGCUGUGGAACGUACUCGUACAGGCUUUUGUUGCCAACGGUAGCAAGAGUGAGAACAUAACCUCUUGUUCUGCGGAUCAUUCCACAACCCCUGUUCCAACCACUAUUCCAACAACUGCUGCAACCACUGCUGCUCCUGUAACUAACACCACCACCACACCACCCACCACCCCGCCAACACCCCUCCCCACUCCUCAAACUGGGAACUACAGCAUUUCCCCUAGUGGUCCGAACACUACAGCCUGUCUGUUGGCCAGCUUUGGCCUUCGGAUUGGUUUCAAACAAAACCAGACAUACCAAGAGAUGAACUUUGACCCUCAUGGAGCGAACGUUUCUGGAAAAUGUGGCGUCAGCAGCAGUGAGCUUGUGCUGGUGUCUGAAGAACUGACCGUAGCAUUCACAUUUGUCAAUGACACAAAGAAAUUCCGCCUCCUCACUCUGAAUGUCACGGUCAACACUGGGUCUGGUUUCCACGAGGUCGAUACCAACCUGACUUUGUGGGAGACCAACAUCGGCAGCUCCUACAUGUGCAACAAGGAGCAGAACUCCACCAUCAGCGACCAGCUCAGCCUUUACACAUUCAACCUGCGAGUGCAACCUUUUGGAGUGAAGAAGGGUGAUUUCAGCACAGCCUAUGAGUGUUCAUUGGAUGACCCCAGCAUCUUAAUCCCAAUCAUUGUCGGCGCUGCUCUGGCUGGCUUGAUUCUCAUUGUAGUGAUCGCUUACGUGAUCGGUCGAAGAAAGACCAAUGCUGGAUAUCAGACCCUUUAGAUUCAGUUUUGCAGUUAUCCCUGAAAUGUCAUGGGAUUCGCAAGUCUGGUCCUUGGCUGUUACGUGCAGUGGUUUGUUUGGCCCAUGAAAAGAAAAUGCAGUGUUUAAAAAGUCUAAUGGGGGGAAAAUGAUGCAGUUUUGUGAAAUGAUGGCUGGUAAAUGUAAAUAAUCUGGUGAUAUUAAAGAUGAAUUUAGGUGAUGUGAACAUUAGUCUUCUAAUAUAUAUCAAUAUUUACAUAUAUUCUAAUGUUUGAAAACGGAAUAAAUUGGCAUAAAAGGAUUAGCUGUUCCUCUCAAGGACCAAACUUGUCUGUCCUUGUCCACCCUCCUUCAUGUCUGUUUGGCUUUUCUUUCUUUAUUGUGCUUUUUGUUAAUGGGCAAGUGCAAGACCCACAAAACAUUUCUCCAAUCAUUCUAGUCAAUACAGUUACAAUGAAUGCUAUUUUAAACGUGCAAUAUGCAUAUUGUUCAGGUACGGAGCUACCUGUACAUUUAUAGAUGCCCCAUGAUAUGUAUCCCCCCCCCCCCACCUCACCACCACCACCACCACCACGCACACAGUCACAGAAUUCUCCACUUUAGGGUCCUGCACUUGCUCAGCAGACAUUCCCCAUUUUGUUUGCUUUUGUUGUCACUUAUCCUUUUUAAGCAGAUUAUGAUUUGACUUUUCAUCGUCACAAUUAUCGAGACAUUUUCAAAUGUUCUAACACCAUUUUGUCACGGAUCAAAUUUAAUCAAACGUUGUUUUUUUUUUUUGCUCUGUUCCUUGAAAUUUCUCCACAUUAAUGAAUGUCUGCUUUAUUUUGAAAAGUUGUCUAAAAAUAUGUUUGUUUUUUGUUUUUGCCCAUGUUUUCCCCUGUAGACCAGGAGGAACUUUGGGAUUUUACCUGAUAUUGUGACUCCAGUCGUAUUUUGAACGUGACAUUAGAUCAUUCUUUACUAAAAACCUCCCACCCUGUCAAAUAGUUAAGUCCAGAUAAAACUAAACAUCUUUGUGACUCAUUUACAGUUGAGUUCACUGAACUCGAUGCGAUGCUCCGUGGAGCUCCAUUAGCUUGCGCUCGCUUCACUCAGAUAAAUUUCUGCUGGGAUACAUGUUGGCAUUAGGUUUAUGAAAAGGGACAAUACGAUUCAGUAGUUAUUUGCUUUCAGCACAUAAUUCUGAAACAAGAAUAUUUACGUAUAAAUGCACUACGAGACUUAAUGUUUCGCUUGUUGUCACCUGUGUACAUGUUAAGGCGUCAUAGCAGAUGAAGGGACGUUAGCGUUGCAGAAACCUUUGCUUCAAAACGUUUCUUUAGAUAUUUGCAGCAGUUUUUCACAGGAAUAGUUUAACGUGUAAAGUUUUGCUUUCUUGAACGAAGUUAGAGGAAAAGGUGCCACUUUUUGCUCGUAAAAUUCAAAGUUCUAGCUCGGCGCUACGUAGCUGCUGCUCAUCACAAAAAGGUGGAAAUGGGGAUACGCAGAGAGUAGUUUGGCUGGGUUUAAAACAGCCUGCUUGGCUUUGUAUGUCCUUUCUGUGCAGCCAACUCUGAAAGAAAGUACAAUUCCUGUUUUUUAUUUAUUUAUUAAAGUUCAGCUACUGGCUCGUCGGGGUUUUGUUCCUGUGAGUUUUACUGAAUCUUUAAGCAGCACGAGCCAUAAACCCAACAUCAGUCAGCAGGUUUUAAUCUCCUGACUCCCGGUGCUCUGUGUCUGUGAUGAAAAUGUUCUUAGACAGGAUUUUUCUUCAUUUCUGAGUUGGUUGUUUAUUGACAGAUAUUUUCAGGACUGUUUAAGUUGUGGAAUUAGAGCAGGUUUCAGUGAAGCGGGAAUGGCGAGCCUCAGAUUGUAUUUAAACGAUUAAAAGCCGUAGUUGUAGAUUAAAUCUAGUAAGAGUGCAACCUACUCUUUGCACUGUUCCGCGUUUUGCUGAUCGAUUUUUGCUUCAACAGGUUCCUGUACAUUUGUUUGAAGUAAUUCUUGCUCAUAAUCAAAUACAAGAUGAGCUUUUUUCCUCGUGAUUGUUGCCGCCUUUGUCUACUUCAGCUUUGUAAAAGUUGCCUUAAUUAUGAAGAUGGUUUUGCAGCACCACUACAAUUUUUAUGAAACUUUUAAAAAUCAUCUGACGGGUUUGUCAUCAAAACAUAGUAAUAAAUCAAUUUAGCACAUUUUGAGACUUGUUUAAACCUCGUUUGGCUCAAAUGACUUCACCUCCUCGUUUUGGGGAUAAUAGCACAACAAACAAACAAAAAAGGGAAUCAGUGCUGCAGAACCAUUUCCGUUACUGUGCAUUAUGUGCAAACAGAUGACAGAUAAUUUUAUCUGCACUCACUCAUGUCAGCUUAAACGAUUUGAAACUCAGUUUGUGUGAUUGGAGCUUUAUAGUAUUUUCAAUGGAAAUAAAAAUGUAAAAAAUUGGA